CCCAGAACCAAAGAUGGAGGCGCCAACAGACAGGGAGCUUCAAGCCAAGGAGUACUUAGAAAAACAUCGGCUCUUGGAGCUGCUGAGCCAUCUCACCAGCUUCGUCCUUUUCACCCGGCCAAAAAACCCAAGAGACUAUUUAAUCUCUCUGUUGGAACGUCUGAGAAUUGCUAAAGUAACAGGUGUCACUUUUCCCUUCUUUAUGGACAGUUCUAAUAUUGUGGCAAUGUUUGAGAUGAUGGAUGCCUCAGGGAAAGGCACCAUUUCCUUUGUGCAGUAUAAAGAAGCCCUGAAAAACCUGGGUCUGUGGACUGCAGAUGAAGAGUUAAUUGACGAUGGACACGUAAUAACUUUGGAUAAAUUCAGGAAUGAAGUACAUUAUUUGUGGGAAGGAGACAGAUAAAACAAGGUCGUGGAACAAAAGGAACCAGGAUAUAUGGUCAUCAUUUUAGUAAGACCACAAACUCAAGAUAAUAAAUGAUUCUGCAACAUUUU